AUGGUUCGACAGUUUCAAAAGCCGGACGAGUCCCUAUCCUCACCACAGCCUGGCCCGCCGCACGGGUCGGCAGGUGAAGUCCAAGGACAAGACACUGCCAUACCAUACCUGGCCCAGGGACAGUGGCAAGGCCAGGGAAACCCAGCGCAAACCUCACCGACAGGAACCACUUCACUGGUAUUGGGACCGCCAGUAUUACCAAUAGCACCGACAGUUCCGCCUUUAGAACCAUCACUGCCGCCUCCACCGCCGCUAUGGACUGCGCCACCGGUAUCAGGAACAUCACAGUCAGCAGGUCCAGUACCGGAAUCAUCGAUAGCGGCCCGAUCGGCUAAGAUGCGGCGCAGGGCAUUGAGGGCGGUGCAGACAGGGCGAAGAAGAAGCGUAGCAGUAAAUGCAGAACCAUCAGGGCCACCAGUAGACCAGUUUGCAGCCCCAGUCGGACAGCCAGGGCCAGCGAGAGGAAGGCCGUCAAGAGGAAGGCUGCCAAGAGAAAGGUCGGCAAGAGGAGGGAAACCAGCACCACCACCGCCACCACUAUUCUCAUCAACGACACAAGACGCAAAUGCACCGGUCCAAGCUACGACCUCUGCCACAGUGCCGGCCCCAACACUGCCAGUCCCUCCAGCGAGUUCAAUCCCAACCGUAAACCCCAUCUUCCCCGGCCCGAACUCGGUCGUAUCAAACCCCUGGGAUUCAUCACCCAGCCUCCAAGCCUACCGGCUCUUCAGCCUGGCGGAGAAAUCAAGAUAUGUCUCAGAACCUGCUGUGGCUCAUCAGACGCUGGAUCAGGCGGUGCGGCAGUUUGUGAUGCUCUUCCCGGCUGACAUAGACAUCAACGAUAUCCUCACUGAUGAGGUCAUGGGCGUGCUAACCCUGCAGUUUGGCAGGCCAAGAUUGUCGCACGAUUCUGGCAGAGAUGGUAAUGACAACCUGUUCCUGCCGCAGAUUCGGGACACGGUGAUGCUGCAGGUUCGGGAGAACCGGCUCGCUCACUGGCAUGAGCUGGAAAGACGGGCGCGGCCGGACACAUAUACACCAUAUAGGCUGUGUUCUUGUCGUGUCUUGCCUCUGCCUUGUUGGUGUUGCGGUUAUGGUAACUCUCGUUAG